AUGUCAAACAACAAAGACAAAGUUAAACUGUGUGUCGGCAAAGCAUUGAUCGAUUUAGGUCUUGACACUAAUUCGGAUUACUCUUUGAGUGCAGAAGAGUAUAUAGUUUUGAGAAACUUAGACAGAGUAUUUCAGCCUAUCAAACUCGCUGUGGAGGUCUUAUGCCGUCGAGAUUCUGACCUCGUUACUGCCGAAACGACUUUAAGAUUUAUGAUACGCAAACUUGAAGAACUGAUGAAAACAUUGGCAAGAAAACUAGCAGAGUCAUUGAGAAGCCGCAUAGCUGAGCGCCAAACUUGCUUGACUUCAGUAUUGAUAUAUUUGAGAGAUUAUGUCAAAUAUGAGGAAGAUUUGGAAGAGUAUGCGCGAGACGAAGUGUUCAAAAUGUCGUAG